ACACGACCGAACAGUCGCGCGUUACCGAAACACCAUGGACGGUCGUCGCGCGGUAACGUACCGGUCGUGGUCGUGGUCUAGGUCGCGAUCGUGGUUAUGGUCGCAAAUAGUCUUCUGCUGUUGCGCUGCCGUUCUGUUAGUGACGUCGAUAAAUGGCGAGGUUGACGCGAGAGAACCGGUUGAAGCUUCCUCCGCCUUCGAAUCACGGUGUCCGAACGAUGGAUGUGCCGCAGCAAAUUGUCCGCACAAUCAGGAAGUAUGUCUACUGGGUCUGGUACCGGACCGUUGCGGUUGCUGUGCAAAUGGCGUGUGCGGUCUGGCCGAGUCGCAAGAGUGUGACGCGAUCAGCCGUCCGUGCGCAAACAACUUGGAGUGCGUCAAGAUGAAAGAUGGCGUGGGCACAAAGACGGAAGUGUUGUACCGAUGCGCGUGCAAAGAGAAAGAAAUGGUGUGCGGGUCGGACAAUAGGACGUACUCGAACGUUUGUCAGCUGAACGAAGCGAUCUCCAAGCUCGGUAACAACAGGACACUCAUCUCCAUACAAUACUGGGGACCGUGUCAGUCGGCCCCUGUAAUCAAGUCGGCUCCGAAGAACUUUGCUGGCAUUAUUGGACAACCCGCCGUGUUCGAUUGUGAAAUCAAUGGAUACCCAGUGCCCAGCAUUAAUUGGCAGUUCACGGACAUGCUCGGGAUUACUAAAUCGUUACCAGGUGACGAUACGUUACUUGCAAUACAAACUAGAGGAGGACCAGAUCGCCAUACAGUUUCUUCAUGGGUACAAAUAAUGGAAUUCAAACAUAUUCAUUCAGGAAACUAUACUUGUCUUGGUACAAAUAAAGUGGACACGGUUGUGGCUUCAGCAGUAUUGGACAUCAGAAAAAUGACUUAGAACAUUUCAUACAAUACAACAAUUGAAUACUAUACUCAAGAUAAAGUGUAUGUUUAGAAUAUAAUUUUGUGUAUUGUA